AUGCGGCGAGUGAUCAGUCUCAUCGAUAUGGACUGUUUCUACGCACAAGUCGAACAACGCGACCAGCCGUCAUUAUGGGGCAAACCGGUCAUCGUUGUCCAGCAUUCUAGGCAGGGAGUCGAGGGUGGAAUCCUCGCGGUAAGCUACGAAGCGCGGCCGUUUGGAGUGAAAAGAGGCAUGACAGUGUCGGAUGCAAAGCAAAAAUGCCCUCAAAUCACUAUUUGUCACGUACCAAUUGGUGAAUAUGCAGAUAAAGCGGAUAUUCAGAAAUAUCGCGAUGCCAGUGCAGAAGUGUUCCGAGUGCUCAACAACUUCGAUUCCUCAAUUAUCAUAGAAAAAGCGUCGGUUGAUGAGGCGUUUCUCGAUUUAUCCGCGUAUACCUCUCAAAAAUUGGAUGAAAUGAGAGAGAACGGCACGUUGGAGGAGUUUGUGGAGACCGCCCUCUCUCAACUCCCCUCCACCCAUCUCGCAAACGGCCAAGAUUUCGCAGAAAACGACCAUCUCCGAGAGCAAUUUCUGUCAGAAUUCAUUCAAAACUCCUCGUAUUCCGACGAGAAUUUGCUCCUUCUAAUAGCCGCGUGUACUGUAGAAACGAUCAGAAACGAAUUCGUGACGAGACCCAAUUCUACUGCUCGGCCGGUGUUGGGAACAAUAAAAUGA